CAAGGGGAGUGACGUGAUAAAAGGCUAGCCACUUGAGAUUUGACAUAGAUUUUAGAUACAUGUACACUGCGCUCUUGUAAGUUAGAUUUUAAUUGGAAAUUUUAUGGUAUCAAAACUGAUUUUGUUGAGUAAGUUCCGAGCCUUGUGCACUUGUGGGACUCGUCUCACGAGUGUACGGCGUCUGUCGCACCUCGGAUUUGGGUUCUGGGGCGUGACAGAUUUAGUGGUAUCAAAGUUUAGGUUAAAUUAGAUAUCUGGAGGGCAAUCCAUAUUUUACUUACUGAGUUAUCUCACCUCGUUUUUUUUUCGUCCACCAUUUCAGGUAGUGUGCCCCGAGACUCGGAAAUCAAGGGGAGUGACGUGAUAAAAGGCUAGCCACUUGAGAUUUGACAUAGAUUUUAGAUACAUGUACACUGCGCUCUUGUAAGUUAGAUUUUAAUUAGAAAUUUUAUGGUAUCAAAACUGAUUUUGUUGAGUAAGUUCCGAGCCUUGUGCAUUUAUGGGACCCGUCUCACGAGUGCACGGCGUCUGUCGCGCCUCGGAUUUGGGUUCUGGGGCGUGACAGAUUUAAAGAAAACUCCAACAAAAACGCAGGAGCAGUUAGAGCCCAGCAGGGCCAUGGAGAGUGACGAUGGGCAAAUUGAGGAACAAAGGGGAAGAAGGGAGAAAGAAAGUAGAAAUGGGAGGAGAAGGAGAGCGAAAUCGUGUGCUGAAGUAUAUGACAGAUCUACCCCAAUCGGAGACUACUCAACCACAUUGAAAGGGAGAGGAACCAAGCAAAUGAGGAAGAAACACAAGGAACAGUGGGUCUGUUUUGAGCCAAACCUAGAAAAGGACGUUGCAAAUGACUCUAUUGAGGAUAGCGGGAUCAGAAACUACAAUAGAAAAGGAGGACAUAAGGAGGACUUUAGGGGCGCAAAAGAAAUGUGGCUAUUGGCGAAGGAAUUAGGGGUCAAGAUAAAGGGAGAUGAGGAAGAUCUAGUGCGGAGGAUUGCAAGAUUAGAAGAAAUGGAUAAAGCGAGGAGGAAAAAGAUCCCAAAAUAGAAGGCUUUAUCAGGUAAGCAAGUGGACCCUAUUCCUCCAUGAUUAUACUUACUUUUAAUAUUAGAGGAUUGGGGGGUUUAGGGAAAAGAAGGGAGAUUAGGAAAUUGGUUCAAAAGGAGAAGGUAGAAUUUCUAGCAAUUCAAGAAACAAAGACAUAAUGU